UUAGUUCUGUUUAGUUAGUCGGAACCAUUUAAGGGGCGGACGCUCUUCCGGAAGCUGUCAGCUGUGAACAUCGCAUCAACUGCAAUGAGUUUUGAGUGGCCCUGGCAAUACAAUUUCCCACCGUUUUUUACGCUCCAGCCCAAUGUGGACACCAGGCAGAAGCAGCUGGCGGCUUGGUGCUCGCUGGCUCUGUCCUACUGCCGGCACCACAAGCUCUACACCCUGGACGUGAUGGAGGCUCAGGAGAGCCCCGUGUUCAACAACAAGAAGAUGGAGCGAAAACUGUCAAUAGAAGCAAUUCAAGUGGUGUUUGAGGAAUUGAGGAAAAAAGGGAACCUGGAGUGGUUGGACAAAAACAAGUCUCGGUGUUUGGUCAUGUGGAGGCGACCGGAGGAAUGGGGAAAGCUGAUCCACCAGUGGGUUUCCAAAAACGGGAUGGUCAACUCUGUGUUUACUCUGUACGAGUUGUCCAACGGGGAUGACACAGAAGGGGAAGAGUUCCACGGCCUGGAGGACUGGAUGCUGCUGCGCUCGCUGCAGGCUCUGCAAACAGACGGCAAAGCGGAGAUCAUCAUCAUGGACGACGGGAAGGGGGUCAAGUUCUUCUGAAGCGGUGCUGGAAUCACACACACUCCGCCUGGGAAGGCCUCCUGCUGAACCUCGGGGGGGGGCACGUUUCUCCCGAGGUGCACCUGAAUACUGAGCCCAGCGGGCGCACGUCCUGCAGUUGAUGUUGCGUUUUAGUUUGUGCAAAGCCGUCUCUUUCUGGAAGAGAACCAAUAUCUUUCUUUCUUUCCGUGGGAGGGGCGUUCGAUGUGACGGCACAUUUAACGUUGUCGCCAUUUAAACAUGCAAUGGGCCUUUUUCAGGGGAAUGAAUACUGUCUGAGCACUCCUGGGGGAAAUCUCUCCCCACCAGCUGUUUCUUUAUUGUAAAUACGACUAGUUUUAUCCCGAUUUACUUCCCCCUCCCUGUUAACAAAUCUCCUCGGCCUUUUUGCUCGGCCGUCCCAAAGAAAUCCCAAAACGCAACACCAGGGGGACUUUUUGUUUGGAGAAGAGGGACAACACACAGACUCUGGAACCAGAUCCUGGCUCGCAAUAGUGGACUUCGUGUACAGAUUGCUGUCAUCCUAUUAUUGUGCUGUAGCUUUGGUUAUUUCCUCUCUUUCUCUAUUUUCAAUUUUCUCUCUUUAUUUCAUAUCCUGUCAGAAAAUAAAUUAGAAAUUUGUUAUA